AUAAAAUAAAGUGCUUUUCAUAAUUUGGAGGCACCUUCCCCUGAGUUUCACUUGUUCUCAAUUGUUGCUUCCAUUAUAUUUACCUGCGAUAUUUUAGGUUAAACUCCAAGUUGGAAGGACCGACCAAAUAAUUUUCGCAUAUUUUGCUCUGUUUAACAAGCUGAACAUGUGAUCUAAUGAGCUAAAGUGUUACCUGGACGAUGCAGUUACACACGAUGAAUGGAACUAAUAGAAAAAUGAUAAAUUAAAAGGAACUGGAAACUGCCAGAGAGAACGUUCCUAAAAGGCAGAUUUUUCUUUCUUCUUUCAAGAGUUGAAGUGUUUUCUGGCUUACUGUCGCUUUAAAUGACACCUCCUCCCAGCAGUCGGUGGAUCCUGAGCGAGUUUCAUUGCAACAAACACUGGGCUUCAUACAACAGGCAGCCUGUGUCUGUGCAGCAGCCUGAACCACACGGCGCAACAAGCCGCCGCACAGGAAGGACAAAAGCUGCCGCUCAUGGUUCCCCAUGUAAGCGCGGAAGAGACUCGGAGCUGCUGAACUACAGAUCUCAACAGUUGGUGGUCGUUUGUGGGGGAGCACAGCCUUACAGCUGGACAUGGAUCGCCGGUGCCCCUCGUCUCCGUUUUGGAUUUAAUUCCGACUCUGCCUCCUCCUCCUUUCCGUCUCCUGCUGAGGUGGAGAAACUAACGCACAUCAAUUACGCGGAGGUACCAACGUCGGACCCGAACGGCUUCGAUCCGGAUGGCGACGGAACGCGGAUCGGCGUCUCCUACAUUUUCUCCAACGACGACGACGACCAGGACCAGGACGACAACCUGGACCACUUCCCGCCGGACAGCCGGCCGGUGAGCCACGAAGAGAAGCCCUUCGACCCGGACAACGAGCUGGAGUGCGUUGUCUACUACCGAGACGAGUGCGUCUACGAGCGGAGCUCCGGAGCCGCGUCCGUCUCCCCGGAGAGCCUCCUGGCCAAGUGCAGACCGGGCGACCUGCUGGAGUUCGUGGCCACCGGCCAGUACCCGCACUGGGCCGUUUACGUCGGCGACUUCCAGGUGGUGCACUUGCACCGCGCCGAGGUCAAGAACAACUUUCUGACCGACGUGAGCCAGGGGAAGAAGGGCAGGAUAGUGAACGGCCUGUACCGGCACCGUGCGCUCCCGCCGGAGGUGAUCGUGCGCAACGCCAUGGAUCACGUCGGAACCAGAGACAGGGACCUGUGCUGGAGGAACUCCGAGUGUUUCGCGGCCUGGUGCCGCUUCGGGAGGCGGGAGUUCAAAAUCGGGGGGGAGAUACGGAUCGGGAAGCAGCCGUACAAGUUAAAACUGCUCUUCUCCGAGAAGAAGAGCCACGUGUUGGAGUUUCAGUGCCUGGAGGACGUGAUCAUGGAGAAGCGGAGGAACGACCAGAUCGGCAAAGAUGCCGUGAUGCAGGAGCUGGCCAACCAUCUGAAUGCCACGCACGACCUCAAAGAGGAGCGCUUUGUAAACUGAUGGGUUUGUCUUGGACUUGUCGAAGGAGUUGUUGGACGGGAGGACGUGUGCUGGUGUGAGCUCUGUUGCCUCUUGAUGAGCCAGUCUAGAGCGGCUGUAUCACUCUGCCACAGGAUGUGCAGAAGAAAAGGAGGGAGGAGGUGGAAAGUUUAUCUUCACAAACUUUGAUAUCCGGAGCAGCACUUGCUCCAUUCUCAAGUGCUUUAGCAAGGAAGCUCUCAAGGCUUGAGAAGAAUAUUCAAUACCCUAAUUUGCACUGGCAAGUUAAAAUAACACAACGACCCCCACACACUCGCCUAAGUUCCUCUCUCCUCUCUUUAAAUUACCUCAACCUCAAGAUCAACUGAGUUACUGUGAUGAAUUUGCAUGAGAUCUACUUGCAGCCUUAUCUGUUAGGAGAAAAAAAUAAGAUUUAAACGACCCUUGAAUCUUUGCACACUUGUGAGGGACCCCCUCCCACGUGACCCGAGACCGAGUUCUCCAAGUGUGUGUUGCCCGUCGUAAAACUCAGGUGCCGGAUACUGAUGCAGAGUGAGAGACUACCUGUAGCUUUUAUCACUGUUUUCUCUCAGUGUUAAAGAUUCCCAUGUGUUGCUUUAUAGCCAAUCAUCUCACAGCUUUACCUGUGGACCUUCCUGUUCAUAGCCAUAUUUGUGCACCUUUAAUGAUUCGCCACUUUUAACAGUUUAUUUUUCUUGACAAAACUAAAACGAAAAUCAUGUUUGUAUGAAGGCUUAUGGAAUAAAUUUAUAUUUGAAGAUUAA